AUAACUUUAGUCUAAAAUGAAGAAAACCCAAAAGCUCAAAUCCCCCAAAAGGAUUAAAAUAUCUUACAAAGAUUAUAUUUGUACUGUUUAUCUUCUCAUUUUAUCUCUUUAAGCUAAUGGAUCCUUUCUAUUUGUUUCGCAAAGGUUUCGUUUAGUGUUUAUUGGAACUCGAUGUUGGCAGCAUAUGCUCUGCACCAGUUUGCUAUGUAGAUCCUUUUUAUGUUUCGAUAUAAGGAAAGAAUGAACUUCUCUAUGAAAGGAAACCGAAUUAGUGAUGCGAAACAAAAUACCCCUGGCAAGGUAACGACUUUGAAUCCUAAUGCAGCGGAGUUUGUUCCAUUUUCUCGUAGAUCACCGUCGUCAUCAGGAAGCACUAGUGCAGUUGAUGGAACAAGGUUUGCUGCUACUGGGACCCUAGGGAAACCGGUGCUUGAUAGGUCAAGGUCUUCCGUCUCUAAUAAAUCGAAUGAAGAGGCUCAUCAGUUCUGGCAGUCCCAGCUCCCUAAUGGCAUUACCUCGGACUUUAAAUUUAUUAAUGAGGAGGAUUCUCAAGGAAUCGGGUCUGGGAACCUCUCUUUAGCUGGUUUAUCCUUGCAUGAUGGUAGCAAAGUUUCAAGGUUUCUUGCUGUUGCAGAUGGUGAAUAUGUGUACAGUGAUAGGCAGGAAAUACGGAAUCCCUACAGUAAUGGUAAUAACAUAGCUGAAAAAUUGAGAUAUCGUGCUUCAUCCUACGGAGAGGAUCCUAUGUCUGCAAGUUUUUUACAUUUACCAGCCGAAACAUUGGACGAGCAACUUGUUAAAAGUGAUCAGCUACUUGGCAAUGGGAGGGAGGGUCACCUAUAUAACAGAAAUUCGAGACAUGGACUCGUGACCGAUAUGUUACGUGAGCAUGAAAUUAUGGAUGGUAAUGGUACUGAAAUGAAUCCCGUGGAUUUUUUGGUUGCUCAGUUCCCUGGUUUUGCUACCGAAAGCCUUGCGGAGGCUUAUUUUGCAAAUAGUUGUGAUUUAAAUCGGACAAUUGAGAUGCUUACUCAGUUUGAGAUGAAAGGUUCUUCUGAUUCGACUAUUGGGUCAAGUAGAAGUUCUCACGGGUCGGCUCAUACCUACAUUGCUGCAACAGCAAGAGGUGCUUAUGCUGAUAGAGCACAGACUCGUGGUUUAGCUUGUGCAACCGGAGAUGCAGUGGUUAAUUUGUACUCAGAACUGCGGGAAGAAGCUCGAGACCAUGCCCGAUUAUAUGAUGCAUGUUUCAAACAGGCACGCCGAGCAUUUCUCAUCGGCAAUAAGGCUCUAGCAAAGCAAUGUACUUUGUGCAGUUGUGCAGCUCAUGGAAAAGCUCGAGAAUCUAUCAAUCGCCAAAGGAACCCGAUUUUGGUUUCUCCGGAGAAUGUGCGAGGGAAAGAACACAUGAUAGACCUGCAUGGAUUACAUGUUAGCGAAGCCAUUCAUCUGCUUAAUCAUGAAUUAUCUGUUCUGAGGAGCACAGCACGGGCAGCGGAUCAACAUUUGCAGGUUUACAUAUGCGUCGGAACUGGCCACCAUACUAGGGGUUCUCGUACACCGGCAAGACUUGCAGCUGCUGUACAACGGUACCUCCUUGAAGAAGAGUGCCUUGAGUUUACUGUACCACAGACAGGGCUACUUCGAGUUGUAAUAUACUGAAGCCACGGACUUGACAUGCGAUGUACAUAGUUUUUACUUUGUUAAAUACGUUUCGUAGGUUGUUAAUUCUCUGAUGUAACUAAUAGAAUUGACUGGCAAUGGUGUCAUCGAGUAGGAUUUGGUUUUAGAACACGAUCUAGACCUGGAAUUAUCCAAAUAUCAAAUCUGAACGUAAGACGUUUUAGGCUCUAAGUAAGAGCUCGUAUACAA